CUGGGCUCUGGUGCGGUUGUAUUUCAUCGUUUUUGAUUCAGGUCCGAGUCGCGUGCGAUCAGAAGAUGUCAUUCUCAAUCCUUGACAUCACAGCCGAGAAGGAUGGCGGCAAGUCCAGGGACAAAAAGUGGCCUUGGUUCGGAGCUCCCAUCUAUGCGGCUGCCGCCUUCGCCCUCUUCUACGCCGCCGUACUGCCCAGUUUCCACAGCUAUCCAAAGAUGCUGUACCAAAGCGAUGAGGCACUGCAUCCGGACGAGUUCAUCGGCGAGCGGGCGAUGCGACAAUUGGCCGAGUACUCGGCAAUUGGCAACAAAAUGAGUGGCUCCAUUAACAACGAGGUGCACACGGUGAAUUUCCUGCUGCGAGAGAUCCAGAAAGUCAAGGACGAAGCGCGCACGGAUCUUUACGAUAUUGAGGUGGACACGCAGUACUCUUCUGGCGGCUUCCAUCUGUGGGGCAUGACUAUUACCUACACCAAUCUCUCGAAUGUGGUGGUGAAAAUAUCCCAGAAGAGUUCGAGCAACGAUAACUACCUGCUGGUGAACUCCCAUUACGAUUCAGAGGUCCAAACCCCGGCCGCUGGAGAUGAUGGCGUUAUGGUGGUGGUCAUGCUCGAAACCCUGCGCGUUAUCUCGCGCUCCGAAAAACCCCUCAUCCAUCCCGUAGUCUUCCUGUUCAACGGAGCGGAAGAGGCCUGCAUGCUCGGCUCACAUGGAUUUAUCACACAGCACAAAUGGGCCAAGAACUGCAAAGCCUUGGUGAACCUGGACUCCACUGGCGCCGGUGGACGCGAGGUGCUCUUCCAGACGGGUCCCAAUCACCCGUGGCUGGCCAAAUACUAUCAGGCCAGUGUGCCACACCCAUAUGCCCAGACCCUGGCCGAGGAGCUGUUCCAGAAUAACUUUAUACCCUCCGAUACGGACUUUCGCGUUUUCCGUGAUUACGGCGGAGUUCCCGGUCUGGACAUGGCCAGCGUGAUGAACGGCUAUGUGUACCACACCGAGUUCGAUAACUUCCGGAACGUGGAACGUGGCACCUACCAGUCGACCGGCGAGAACGUGUUGCCCCUGAUCUGGGCUCUGGCCAAUGCUCCCGAGCUGGAUAAUACCACGGCCCAUGAAAAGGGUCACACGGUGUACUAUGACUUCCUGGGCUGGUUCAUGAUGACCUACACGGAAUCCACGAGCCUGGCCAUUAACAUUGUGGUUUCAGUCGCGGCCUUCGUUUGCAUUGGCACCUCGCUUUACAUCAUGACCCUGGACAAUGGAGCCGAUGCUCCGAAGGCGGUGAUAUUGCGAUUUGGCAUCAUCUUCCUCGUUCAGGCGGGAACUUUGUUCGUCGCCUGUGGCCUGACCCUCCUGGUGGCCGUUUUCAUGCAGGGCGUCGGUCUAGCUGAAUCCUGGUACUAUGGCAAAUGGAUGGCCUUCGGCCUGUACUUCUGCACCCUGUUCUUUGUCUUUGGCCUUCUUCCGGCGAUUUAUAUUGGGCUGACGAAGAGGAAGACCAACAUGAAACUGGAUCAGACCAUCGCCUGCUUCAUGCACGCCCAGUGCAUCCUGCUGGCCCUGCUCUGCAUCAUCAUGACCAGCAUGGGCAUUCGCUCCAGCUACUUCCCCAUGGUCGGCAUCUUCUUCUACGCCAUUUCCGUCCUGCUGCAAAUCGUCCUAAAGCUUACGUUGAAGAAGAGCUACUUUGUGACGGUUCACCUGUUGUGCCAGGUUCUACCCUUCUUCUUCUACACCUAUAUCUGCUACGCAACGCUCCUGACCUUUGUUCCCAUGGAGGGUCGCGAUGGACCAGAAAGCAGCCCCGAUAUAAUGGUUGCUGUUUUCAUCAUUGCAACCGCAAUUAACUACGCUGGCUUUGUCAUUCCCAUCAUGCACAAGUUCCGCAAGCCCAAGAUUAUAUUCUCUUCGUUUGGUGUGAUCACUAUUGUAUUUAUUAUCAUGGCUUGUACCUCCGCCGGUUUUCCUUUUGUGAAGGAAGUGGCCCCUCAGCGUUAUUAUGUGCUGCACACUCAGCGAACCUUCCACAACUUGGAUGGCACUAACAAGCAGGACUCUGGCUACUAUAUCCAGCCUGUGGACACCCGUCUCCACGAACUGGAUGAUACCACUUUCAAGAACGCCGAACCGGAAAGUUGGACGGCAGCCACCUGUGCCGCGGAACCAUUCUGUGGCCUUCCUCUGUACAGUGGGCGCUGGAUAGAUUGGAAAGAUUCAGCUCGUUGGAUCUACAGCACGCCACCAGUCUUCCCAAUGAACAUUAAUCUUACCCAGCUAUCAAAGCAAUCUGUAACGAGCAACAAGGUGCGCUACGAGUACAGCCUAAGGGCCAGUGAUCGCGUCAUGAUGUACAUAGAUCCCCUAGCCAACGUCAAGGUCACAGACUGGUCCUUCGACCACACACCGCUGGACGAGAAUCACAUUCCGCCCUAUCUGAUCUAUGCCAUAUACUCGCAAACCGAGGAGCCCCUCAACUUUUGGGUGGAGCUCGAGCACGAGGAGGGCAACACGGAGGGACCCUACAUGAAGCUGGUGGUCACCGAGCACUUCCAGUACCAUCCGGAGCACUACACCGAGGACUAUAAGGAGUUCCUGGCCACCUUCCCCGACUGGACCUACACCACCGACUGGUUCUCGGCCCUCGAGAGCUGGAUCGUAUAGGCAGCGAUGAGAAUAUAGACUCCAAAGUUGGCGUAUCUUAAUAAAUAGUUUAUAGUAUAUUUUAAUAAAAUUACAAAGUAGUAA